GUUCCAGAGCCCAAAUCCGUUCCCUUGCCCUUUUCUGUCUGUCUCUGAUCUUUUUCUGAGCUGGGACGAGCACAUGUGCUCGCAGGACAACUCUGACGCCUGGUGGCCGAAGGGAGCCAGCGGUCGUCGUCCCGGACUCCUGGGUUCUGACCCGGGCCGCCCCCCUUUUCGAUCGAGUGAAUUGCGGCUCUAUUGCGGUGGGACUGCCCCGAGACCAGACGCCCCGGCGGGGAACAGAGCAGGCGCCGCGGAUCGGCCGCUAAUGACUCGAUACCGGCUCGGACUCGGGGUGACGAUUUCGGACGUCCUGGCCCCGUGGCUGAAAUCUCAUCCAUAAGAGGAGGCGCCCUGGGAUCAAUCUCUGCCCGGGCGGACGUGUCGGGUUCCCCCCGAUUUCCUCCGCGCGCCGCCGGGAGGGGAGCAGCGACGGGACCCCUGCUUUGGGCUCGGAGGACGCCGAGUGCCGGGGCGCGGGGAACAUCAACGCCGGGCCGGACCCUGCCCAGAGACGGCGUCUCCGCCGCUUGCCAGGAGUUCACUGGACACCGCGUUUUUCCACCUUUUCCUGCGCGCGUUUCCCAGGGGACGCCGGAGCCCCGACCCCGGAGCCGCGUGUAACAGGGCGAAAUGUCGGGCACAUUGAGGGGAGUUACCGUGUUUGAAGGAACCGCAGGACGCCUGGGUUCUCUCGGCUGCUGUUCGGCAGGGGGGCUGGGAGCCAGGACACCUGGGUUCGUUCCCCGGCUCUGGGAAGGGAGUGGGGGCUGGGGGGUGAGAGCCAGGACUCCUGGGUUACAUAACUACUCCUCCCCAGUGUUUGUUCAACACACCCCAGGCUAGUUCUCACCUGCCUUUGAUUCAUUGACAUUCAGCCAAGCCCUGGGGGGAGCGGAGAUGAGGCGCUCGGGCACCCGGAUCCUGCUGAUCGCGGGCCCAUUAAUUUGGCUCCUUCACACCAUGAGGAUCCGACUGAGGCAGACCCCGCAGGGGACCCCUGGCCCCAGCCCCGACCCCGGCCCCAGCCCCGGCCCCGGCACGGUGGAGCUGCACCACGGGACCUUCACCUUCCGCUUGGAUCCCGCCGCCUUCCGGGCCGAGUUCCCCCAGCUGCAGAGCUACCGGUGCCGGGAGCUGAUCCCAGGGGACGGGGUUUGCACCGGGCCCCCGGGGCCGCCCCUGCUGCUCCUGGCCGUGAAAUCCCACCCAGCGUCCAGCGCCAGACGGGCCACCGCCCGCCGCACGUGGGCCCGGCCCGGGGUGCUGGGGGGCUACCGGGUCCGAGCCGUCUUCCUCGUGGGGGUGUCCCCCGAGCCCCGGCACAUGGCCCUGCUGGAGGAGGAGAGCCAGGAGUUCGGGGAUGUGGUGCUGUGGGAUAUCGGCGAGAGCCACCCCAACCUGUCGCUCAAGGAGCGCUGCUUCCUGCGCUGGGUGGGGGCGCGCUGCGGGCAGGCCGAUUUCAUCUUCAAAGGGGACGAUGACGAGUUUGUGAACCCCCCCGCCCUGGUGCCCUACCUGCGCCAGACGCCCAACGCCGCCCACGUCAUCCACGGCAACAUCCAGCGCUUUGCGGUCGUGUUCAGAGGGGGGAAAUAUCGCGUCUCCUCCGCCCUGUUCCCCGAGGACACGUACCCCGACUUCCCCGCCGGGGGCGGGUUCCUCCUGCCCAGGGCCAGCGUCCCGGCCCUGGCCGCGGCCUCCGAGCGCAUCCCCGUCUUCCCGCUGGACGACGUCUACUUGGGCUUCCUGGCGCUGGCCGCCGGGCUGCGGUACCGGCACGACGCCCGAUUCCGGGUGUACGGCAUGAAGGACGAGCUGUGUCUGUACGGGGAGGCCUUCGUGGUGCACGGGGUGUCGCUGGACAGGGUGGAGGAGGUGUGGAGGGGGUUGUACACGGAGCGACGGUGCAACGGGAUGGGGCCUCUCCCCUCUUAGGGGGGCGGGGAAUGGGGCAGGGGCCUGUCCCCUCUGGGGGGCGCCGGCUCCC